AUGUUACUAGCAAUAGUCUAUGGAGGUGUCAUGCUGUAUCAAAGAACCACAAUUAAGGCCAAGUGGUAUCACUAUUGCCUCCUUGCUCUCGUUGAUGUGGAGGCGAAUUUUCUCGUGGUGAAGGCGAAUCAGUACACAUCGAUAACGAGUGUGAUGCUACUGGACUGCUGGGCGAUCCCUUGCGUUUUGGUCUUGACUUGGGUUUUCCUGAGAACACAAUACAGAUUGAUGAAGAUCAGUGGUGUGCUUAUCUGUAUUGUUGGUGCCGUCAUGGUAGUUUUCUCUGACGUUCACGCAGGAAGUCUAGCAGGAGGAAGUAAUCCUGUGAAAGGAGAUUUUCUUGUUGUAGCAGGAGCAACCUUAUAUGCUGUGAGUAAUACGAGCGAGGAGUUCCUUGUGAAGAAUGCAAACAGAGUUGAGGUGGUGACCUUUUUGGGAUUUUUCGGCGCCAUUGUUAGUGCUAUUCAGAUAGGUGUACUUGAACGUGGUGAGCUCAAAGCUAUUCACUGGUCAGCUGAUGUUGUUUUUCCUUUUCUUAGAGUCGCGGUCACGUUGUUUCUCUUCUACUCAUUACUCCCGGUUUUACUCAAGACCAAUGGUUCUGCAAUGUUCACCCUCUCAUUACUCACAUCAGACAUGUGGGCGGUUUUGAUCCGAACUUUCGCUUACCACGAGAAGGUGGAUUGGCUCUACUUCUUGGCAUUUGCUACUACAGCUAUUGGACUGGUCAUAUACUCAGUGAAGGAGAAAGAUGAGGAGGAACAAGGAGAUGAACAGAGGAAGCUGUUCGAUGAGGAAGAUGGUGAAACAAUUCCAACGAAGAAGACUCUGAUUGGACUCGGAUUAGGACAGAUCAUCUCUCUUCUCUCUACUUGUAUUGCCUUUGCAUCGUCUCAGAUCGCCAGAAAAGGAAUCAAUGCUCCAACAUCACAGUCGUUCCUGGGAUAUCUGUUACUAGCAAUCGUCUAUGGAGGCAUCAUGUUAUAUCGAAGACCAGCCAUUAAAGCAAAGUGGUAUUACUAUCUCCUCCUUGCUUUAGUUGAUGUGGAGGCGAACUUUCUCGUGGCCAAGGCAUAUCAGAACACAUCGAUAACGAGUGUGAUGCUACUGGACUGCUGGGCGAUCCCUUGUGUUUUGGUCUUGACUUGGGUUUUCCUGAGAACACAAUACAGAUUGAUGAAGAUCAGUGGUGUCCUUAUCUGUAUUGUUGGUGUUGUCAUGGUAGUUUUCUCUGACGUCCAUGCAGGGGAUCGAGCUGUCAUCACAAGACUACAAGUAAACACUCAGAAGAUUUUAUCAGGAGGAAGUAAUUCUGUGAAGGGAGAUUUGCUUGUGAUAGGUGGAGCAACCUUAUAUGCUGUCAGUAAUACCAGCGAGGAGUUCCUUGUGACCAAUGCAGACAGAAUUGAGCUCAUGUCCUUUAUGGGUCUUUUCGGCGCAAUUAUUGGUGCUAUUCAGAUAAGCAUACUUGAACGUGGUGCGCUCAAAGCUAUUCACUGGUCAACUGAGACUGUUUUACCUUACCUUGGAAUCGCACUUGCGAUGUUUCUCUUCUAUUCAUUACUCACAGUCUUACUCAAGACCAAUGGCUCAGCAAUGUUCACCCUCUCGUUGCUUACAUCAGACAUGUGGGCGGUUUUGAUCCGAACUUUCGCUUACCACGAGAAGGUGGAUUGGCUCUACUUCUUGGCAUUUGCUACUACAGCUAUUGGACUGAUCAUAUACUCAAUGAAGGAGAAAGACCAAGAGGAACAAAGAAAUGUAGAAGUGGUAGACGUGGAGGCUGAGCAGAGGAAUCUGUUCGAUGAGGAUGGUGAGCCGCUUCGUGGCAGCCUUAUAGGUGCUUCCACCAGAACACUAAUCAAAGCCUGA